AUGCUUGUGGCUGGGUUGGCGAUAUCCUGGGUUUGCGGGCUAGUCGGGGCAGCUUCUGUCUCGCGGCACGUUCAACUCGGGAGCCACGAGUAUUUCCUGCCCCCUCAACCUGCUUGGUCAUUUUCGGAAUGGGAGAAAAGCCUCGUGAACUCGGACGAGGAGUUUAUUCCUCUGACUGUUGUUCAUCUCAAUUCGACCAAUCGAGGCACGGAGUCUAUCAAAGCUACGCUGGAUAAGUUCCGGUGGGCGGAUGACGUUUGGACGCCGGCUUUUACAAAUGCUCUUUAUGUGCAAUAUCCUUUGAAUGCAACCUCCUCCGGAAACAACCUUACAGUCUCGCUAGGACCAGAUAGCCCCGUUGACAACGUCUUCACGAGUACAGGGAAGACCACUGCCAAUAAAAGCGUCCCUCAGGGACCAUACUUUGUCCACAAGUACACUGGUAAGGUGUAUCAGGCGUAUAGGCUGUAUCCGGACACAAGCCAAGCAUUUCUUCAGCCCUCCUACCAAGACCCCAAUGGAGUCCACCACAACCUUCGUGUCGCAACGGAAUCGGCUGGUGGCUUGACCGUUGCUGUUCCGUCUCGCUUAUACUUCACUCCCUCCAAGUCCAAGCCUCUGGCAGGUGUGCGCAUUGCAGUCAAGGACCUCUACGACCUCAAGGGCAUGAAGACAAGCGGCGGCAACCGUGCCUUGUUCGAGAUUAGCAAGCCAAAGAACGCUACAGCAGUUGCCGUCCAGAAGCUCAUUGAUGCGGGUGCCAUCGUCGUCGGAAAGAACAAGUUGUCGGAGUUCGCCUUCGCAGGACCCUACGUCACCGAACAUAUCGACUACCUCCUUCCUUUUAACCCUCGCGGAGAUGGAUAUAACUCUCCUGGUGACAGCUCCGGCGGUUCUGGCUCUGCUGUAGCGAGCUAUGGAUGGCUCGAUGCGAGCAUGGGUAGUGACACUGGUGGUUCCAUCCGCGGUCCGGCGACGCAGAACGGCGUUCAUGGAAACAGACCCUCCCAUGGUGCAGUCAAUCUGACCGGCGCUCUCGUGUUAUCGAAUUCAAUGGAUACUAGCGGCAUCCUGGCUCGUGAUCCGAGGGUGUGGUCGGAAAUCAACAAGGUGUUGUAUUCGGGCUUUGCCAAGGAGUUCACAAAGUUCCCGAAGAAAAUUUACGUCAAUGCCGGUGAUGUUCAGAGUGCGCUGUCACCAAAUGAACUCAUUGGUCCUGGAUCUGCGAAGCUGGUUGAAAAAUUGAACAAUUUUACUGAAGCCCUUGCUUCAUUGGUAAACGGCAACACCACAAGUCUAUCAGUUGAUGACCUUUGGACUUCUUCCAAUGACACAGGGAACACGACGUUGAGAGACCUGACUUCGAAUCUUUACAGCAACCUGACGAGUUAUGAGCAAUGGAUUGCAUUUGGCAAGGAUUACCUUUCAACUUACAUGAAGAGCCACGGCGGAAAAUAUCCUUACAUGGUACCUAGCACGCUUCAGGGCUGGCAGACAGCUAAUGGGUCCAUGUCCCCUGAUAUCCACAGGGAGGAUCUGAGGAAGAAGCAGCACUUCACUAAGUGGAUUUCUCAAAAUGUAUUCAAGCCGGAUGAGGAAACUUGCUCUGAUUCCAUCUUCUUGUACUUUUCUUAUCCGCAAGGUUCCCAAUCAUACAAGCCGGACGUUUCUGACGACACAAACAACCCCUACAUCUCCCAACUAACCAACCAACUAUCCUCCGCUCAAGAACAAGUCACUACCCUGAACACAACCCUCAAUUGCAACUGCACCGAAUUUGCCAACCAAGGAGCCUGCGCCGAAAUCACCGACUCCUCUUCAGAGCCGCAGCAAAACACCGCUGCUCUGCCGAACCGUCUAGCCUCGCUGGGUGAUCUCCCAGACUACGCGGUUACGUUGGGUGAAAUCGCUCUUCCAGAUCUUGUCUCUGACGCGAGCAAGAAGAUUGAGGCUUUGCCUUAUGGGGUGGAUAUUGUUGCUGGGUAUGGAUGUGAUUUCAUGGUUCAGAAUUUGGUUACGAAGUUACAUGAGGCCGGGCUUAUUAAAAAUGUUCAAACGGGGGCGUCUGUUUAUGGGAAUCGAUAG